AUGCUGCAAGCCUCGCCGACUACCAUCCACAUCCGGCAACCUCUUUCAAGGCCUGGCACUGCUAUUCAGACUACUCCAUCACCAUCACCUUUAUCCACUCCAGUAACUGAGAUUGGAGACCCACUCGCGGAUACACCGACGCCCACUCUCUUCAUCCGAAGUUCGCACUCACGGCCUUCCCCAUCACCAUCGCCUCUAUCCACACCGGUGACUGAAAUCGAAAACCCCCUUUCAGAUAUCACACCCCAACCCUCGCCCACGACAACUGUUAUCCGUCAUUCACCAUCACCCACAACAACACCAACAACCGAAAUCGAGAACCCUCUUUCAUGUAUCGACGACUUCCCCCUUUCCACCCACUCCUCCCUCCCCACCACCACCACUAGUCCGCCCUCCUCCCCCGACUCCCGCACAACAAUCCUCCUCCUCCACCGCGCCCUCUCCACCUCAACCACCACCAGCCAAACAGACACGCACCUAAUCCGGACCGCACGCCUCGUCCUCGGCCUCGCCGUGCAAAGCGCCGCUGGGCGCAUCCCAGCCGACAUUGCGGAAAAGGUGUCUGCGCAGCUGUUUCCGGAGGAGGGGCAGGAAGUCAUGGGUAAAGAGGAGUUUGAGGCGUUUGUCAAGGGAAGUGUGGAGAGGGGCGAGGUUAGUGUGGUUAGGGGAGCGCAGAUAUUGGAGUUGGUUGGGGCGAGUAUUAGUUGGGUGGGGGAUGGGGAUGAGGAUGAGGAUGAGGAUGAGGAUGAGGGCGUGUAG